AUGACCCAGUAUCUCGGUAGUAGUAAUGGCGGCGGCGGCGGAGGAGGAGCGGGAGACGGCAGUGCGCCCUUCAGUCCCUCCGCCGGCACUCCCUCGCGCCAGCGCCAGUCGGUGCCCCGGGGAGACCGCGGCAGGGAUGGCAGAAACCAUUGUAUUACUGACUUUUUCAAACCAGCUAUAAACCCGGACAGAACUGUGUUGCGUUCACCAGAAAAAGGAAAUGGGAAAACUGGGCCUCCAGUCUCAAGUACAGAGCAUUUUGGGAAAAGCGUAUCUUCUCCAAAGCGAAGUAGAAGAAAGAAGUUACCACUCCCACCAUCAGACAGGAGCCCUAUAAUCGAUGCAUUUUUCAAAAGUGCUAAAUCAGAGAAAAAGGAUAGUCCAGAUAAUGGUGUUCAUAUUUCAGUGAAAUCUGCGUAUCCAAAAAUUGUGGUUCGGAAACUUUUCAUCCCUGCUAGUUCAUCUGACUGUUCUUUAAUAUUAAAAGAUAGUGCUUGCACAAAAACCCUUGAAAGGAAUGAAAAACAUCCUGUUCAGACAAGAACACCAUUAGUUGAUAUUAGUAGAGAAUGUAAAAUGGAUCUUGUGGAUUCAGACUCAGCUGGUUCAGGCUUGAGUAAAUGGACCUCUGUAUCAGAAAAUGACAGCUUGGAAAAGGAGAGCCUUACAACUUGGUGCCAAAAAACAGCAUGUUCCAAGACAUUACAGUAUGGUUUGGUUAGUUCUUCAUCUCAGAGAUCAUUAGAAACUGUUUAUGGAGAGAUACAAGUCAAGAAGAAAAAGAUGCAAUCUCAGCAGCAGUCGUCUGGUUUGCUAAAGAAGUCCUUGCAAACUAUUCUUCCUACCCAGGAAACUAGAAAUCUUUUAAUGAAAAGGUCGCACUUGACUUCAUCGGACUGUUCCUCAGAUGAGUCCUCUGCAGAUCAAUCUUCAGAACCUGCCUUAUCAUCAGGAUGGACCUCAGAUAAAAUAAUUACCAAGAAAAAAGGUUGCUCCUGUCCAUCAGUACAUCCAGAUUCCACAACUCCAUUGGUAAUAUCCAAACAUAAAGAGUGUGCUGGAAAAAGGAAGAGGAACGUUUUGGAAUCAAGUAUGAAAAGUUCACAAAAGCACAAUGUACAAAGGUUGGAUAAAUACAAUUUUAGUAAUUCACUGGAAAAGCAUGAUUCUGAUUAUUCAAAAGACAGAGUGUCUCCUGAUGGCCAGCUGGAGAGUAUGGCCCUAUCUGACAGUGAUUCACUUGUUUCAUUAGAAUGUCUUACUGCUGAAGAAAAUGGAAAAAACUAUAACUGCACUGUGAAUAAAAAUGACCAAAUCCAAACUGAAAAUAUCAAAGGAAGUCAGUUACAGACAUUUCGUCCUCAUUUUAAUUUGGAAAAGUUGGCUAGUUUGUCUCAAGAAGUAGGUGCUAAAGCUUUUUGCAAAGAAUUUGCUACACCUCAAAGUAGUUCUUUGUUUUCUAAACAUUCAAAAGACAUAGUUUCACAUACUCAGAGUAAUAAUUUAUUUGAAGCAUUGCAAAUGAAGGGUCAUAACAGAAGCCCCCAUUUUUGUAUGUCCGGUAAAUUUACUCUCUCAGCAUCAGAAGGCAGUUUGUUAAAGGGUGAACCAGAACAGAUUUGGAAGAAUGCUUCUACCUUCCUUUCUAAAAAUAAUAUUGAGCAAUUUAUAUCACCACUGACAGACAGUGACAAUGUUCUCUUGUCAGAACACAACGAUCAUGUCACCAUCCCUAGCUCUUCCCGUGACCUGAACAAGGUGCAUAAUGAAGAUUCCAACCCAAAUGUUUGUAUACUGAAUAAAGUAAAAAGCCUUUCUUUUGUUGAAGAUAAGACCUCUAGUGACAGUCUGGACAGCAGUGAUGAAGAAGAACUCUUGCCAUUGGAGAAAAUAUUGGCCCAGAGUUGCAAGCCAUCUCCAAAAAGUCCAGAACAAAUGAAUUGUGAGGAUGAUACAACAGACUCACAUAAUGUUCCUCUUUCUAAACCUUUUGAGACUCAAUUCUCCUACAUGAAUCAUCUGGAACAUCUCCUGAAGGAGAAAGAGGAAUUCAAAAGGGUAGAUGAACUAGAGCAACAGCUGCUGCAAAUCAAACAGGCAAUUGAAAUAAAUUCUGUACCUGAAGAAGAAGACUCUUAUGAUGGUGAACUGUCUGCUGAACACAGAGCAUUCAUAGAGAAAUUUUCAGUAAUUGGUGAUGCUAUUCCUGACCAGCACCCAGGAGAAAAUAUAUUUCAGAUACCACAUGCUGGGAAAAUUUUCAGUCAACAUAACCUUGAUUUGAGGAAUUCUGUAUUUCAACCUCAGAAUCCUAUUGAAAAAUAUCUAUUGGGAUGUGGAAUAACACAACAGCUUUUUGUAAUCAGUGAAGGCUUACUUAUGUCUGCUUACCAUAAUUUCCCUUGUCCUGUCCCCAUUCUAAAGUGGAUGUUUCAGAUUAUGACAAUUCAUCCAGACAGCUCAGUUUCAAGAAAGAUUUUGAAUAUGUUGAUGACACUAACAAUUAAAACUGCUUCAGCGGCUGAUGGUGAACCAAAGCCAUGGAUUCCAUCGUUGUUUGAUUUGGCAACUGUGCUAAUCAAUAUGGGUGUUCCCUUCAGUGCACUAUUUCCUCUGCGGCAUUUCCAGCCUGCUUUUACUGAAAAUGAUAUUAUGUGUGAAGUGCGUGUGAAGCAGCAAUCAAGUGGAAACAUCACUGGAAGCUCCGUUCCUUUCUUUCUUCUAAUAAACACCAGCCUUUGCAAUAUGGCUAAGUUUCUACGAUUAUGUAUAAGCAUAAACCCAGAAGGUUACACAGAAAAAGAAAUAUUGUUGUUGCUGUUGCUGUUGUUUAAACUGAGUUUGGAAACUCAGCUGAAGCAGUUUCCACUAGUGGAUUUGCAAUGCCUCAUUAUAAAACUGCUGGAAAUUAUCAGAGAGUGGGAUGCAAAGAUGUCAGAGUUAUGUCUUUCUAUAAGUUGCCUGUCCAGCCACCAUCAUGAUCUCCUGUGGCUGGUUCAGUUUGUCCCCAACUGGAUAUCACGUGGAAAGCAAUUAAGAAAACAUCUUAGCUUGGUGAUAAUCUCAAAGCUUCUAAAAAAUGAUGUCAACAUACCCAGCAAACAUGAUGAGCAGAUGUCACUUCUCUGCGAAGAUCUAGUCAAGAUGAAACCAUCAAGUCUGUUGAAGAGCCUUUCAGAAACACGGGAACAGAAUGAUGGUCAUAGUAAAGAGCCUUCACUUUCUGAACUUGAACCCCAGGCAUAUUAUCUGACCUAUGUUCUUCUUCACUUGGUCAGGGAAGCUAGCAAUUCUGACAUUUCAAAUCCCAGUCAAAAAAAAUGGCUAUUGAAACUCUGCAGUACCUUGGAAAAACAUGUGAAAUGUGAUAUUAGAGAAGAUCCCAGGUUGUUCUAUAGAACCAAGGUAAAAGACUUAGUUGCUAGAACAUACAGUAAAUGGCAGCAGAUGAUACACAGUUCUCAGCUCACUCAGGGGAAAAUUCAUGAGUUUUGGGACCCAGAUUGUUAAAAUGGAUGGAUUGCAAUGUCAAAACAGAUGGCCGAGAAGACAAGAGGCCAAAGAUUAUGUAUUGUUUGAAGAAGAAGCACUUUAUCCAGUUAUAAUGGAUCGAUACAAUUUUCUGAAACCCCUCCCCACCUACUUAACUAAGCAACUUGAUAAUGAAAAUCUCCCUUUCAAAAAUAUGUAUUUGAUGUUGGGUAGGUAGUUGCUUUUUACUUACAAGAGGAGUUUGUGAUUGUUAAUUUAUUUUGGAUAUAAAAAGAAUACCUCUCUGAUGACUGUAAUAAUGCAAUUCAUACAUAUAGAUUUGGCUCUCAAAUUAUUCAUAUGCUAGUGUGUUUUCUUAUGGCUCCUGACAUGAAUAGAGACUGUGAAAGUGAUCUAUAAUCAGAAAGAGGUUGAUAGAACUCACCAACGUUUUGGAAGAAAGCCUUAUUGAUUCCAUGAGGACAUCCUUCCAAAUAAGUUUGGUGAGCAUUGCAGCCUGACCUACAUAAAGUUUUCAAGGAAGUUUAUCAGAUUGAUGAUGAUUCACACUUAAAGUUCAGUGAGCCAUAAACAUCCCAAGAAGUCACUGGUAGGCAGUAUUCUAGAGAGAUGUUCAUAUGAAAAUGUAUACAAAUUUCAAUUAAGAUGUGAGUUUAUUCUCCUGUGCCACUAUGGACUGUACAUAUUGUAAAUUGAUUUGUCUAUUUCAUAGGCAGUCUUUGUGUUAAUCCUGACUAAUAUAAUAUCCAAGUAACUUAGAUGCAUAUUCACUAAUUUAAAUAGUAUCUUUUAUUUUUGUGCAAUUUUAUAUUCUGAGCAUUUGCACUGCCGUAACCUGUGAAUAAACUGAAAUUUUUAGAAGCCAUAACAGAAGUUAAAUAUAAUAAUGUAAAAAUAAUAUAUGUCUGUAAUAUCUGUUUUUAUGUUAAAAUAGUUUUAACAAUCAUUUAAAAUCAAAUUGUUACUCAUUUUGAGCAUAACUACACAAAACAGAUUGGUUAAACCUUUCAUGGCUUUCAGCACUACUGAAACUGGGUGGGUUUUUUUUGUUGUUGAAUUCAUUGGGAUGUGUUUGUGGCCCUUGAAUACAAAAACAUUUAUGUUCUAUUCAAAAUAUAUCUUCAGAUCGUCAUACUAUAGGAUAGGUGGAAAAUGCUACCUCAAAGGGAAGAGCAGUCCCUCUCUCUCUUUCCCCCUCUUUUGUGGAAUACUAGAACAGACAUGGACUAG